AUGUCCUCUCUACCUCUUCCAACUCUCAACACCAUCUUGAUCUCCGGUGAAUAUGGACAUGAAUAUGAAUCGGAUCGUAAUCUGAAAUCCAUAGGAAACGCUUCGUCCCAUUCUCUCAGAUCGGUUCCGAACGAAAUAAAACACAAGCCGUUGAAACUCGUGGCUGCAGGAGGUGGUGUUGUGUUAUUUUGCACUGUCGAUGAUGAAUUGUAUUAUAGUCCAACAACUAAUUUGGAAUUGAUGCGUUUGAGUUUGCAGCAACAGCCUGCUUCUGUUCCACUCUCAGGAUUAUUUGCUCCAAAAAUUAAAUUGAUUACUUGCUGCUAUAAUUGUUGUGCCAUAUUGACCGAGGAAGGACAAUUGUAUGGUUGUGGAUACAAUUCAAAUAAUGUCUUGACAAAACAUUACAAACAAAAUCCAGAUGUUGCUACAAUGAUCAAUACGGGUGUGGGCACAGAUGUUUUGAAGCAUGUUCAGAAAAUGAUUGGACGGUUUUAUGCGAUAGCCUUGUUUACCCAUAGCAACGAUGUGUAUAUUGUUGGAAAGGGAUUUUCGGACGAUUUUGAAAAACUUGUAAUUAGGGAUAACGUCGUAAAUGAGAACAAGAAAUUUUGUCAUGCCAGUUUUGGAGAUUCACAUUCUUUGGUAUUGACCACAGGUGGUGAAUUGUAUUUAAAAGGAUCGAAUAACUACGGACAGCUCGGAAAUAGUGAACUUUCUUCCACUUCGACAUUUUUCCUAGUUACUGAAAUUGGAAAACGAAUUAAAUUUGCAGAAUGUGGAUAUUAUCAUACCAUUGCAAUAACAGUGGAUAACGAAAUAUAUGGAGUUGGAUGGAAUGCAGUUGGAGAACUUGGAAAUAAUACAGUAGGAGAUCAACGACAAUGGGUUAAGGCAACAUUUAUCACACCUUGUAACGACAGUAUUACAUAUUUUUCUGUUGGAUAUCAGCAAGCGUUUAUUCGUCUCCAGUCAGGAUCAAUAUUUUGCUGUGGAUUCAAUUCGUAUGGAGGACUGGGUCUGGAAGACACGGAAUCAAGGAGCACCUAUGUACCUUUCAUGAUCAAGAAUCAAAGUACACUCCACAUGAAGCCAUUGUGUGGUGGGCAUUUCACACUAUUUUUCAAUGAUCCUUUCAUUAAUGGCUUUUCGAAAUACGAAAAACAUUUAAAAGAAAAGUUGUGCAGUAUUUUGAAACAAUGCAACAAUUGCCUUCGAUAUGACCUAAAACCAUUUUCAGAUAUCACAUUAGCUUGA